UUUGUGUUCAAUAACUUUCUGCAUGCCAUUUUUGCACAAUAUUGCAAGCAAUCGACAGUCCUAAUGCGAUGGAGCAAAUAAUGAAAUCCCUCUUAUUUUACACUAUAACAAACUUGGAAGCGAUUAUAUUUUGCUAUGCUGGAGGAUAUCUAAGCAAUAAGGCCAAAAUCAUCGGAGUUGCAACAUAUAAUUGUCUAUGGUACAAUUUAAGAUCUAAAUAUAUUCGUGUAUUGUUAAUCAUAAUAUUAAGAUCUCAGAAGCAAUUGACACUCACAGCUGGCAACAUGAUGGAUCUUUCCUUAGAAUCCUUUACAAGCAUCAUGAAUGCUUCGGAGUCCUACUUGUCAGUAUUGUUGGCGAUGCAAUGAAUAUCAUAUUCACCUCGGGAGCUCUUAAUCAAUAGCCAUGAAGCAUAUAUACAGAGUGAUAUGUAAGUAUGUGUUCACUAGUUACGCCAACACAUGCACGUAACAUCUCUCUCGCACUUAUUUUUCCAAAUAUAUUCCUUCUCUGAGAAAAAAAGUUGCAAAACGAUACCAUAUCAUAUCCUAUAUUUCUUAUAGAAAUAAAAAUCGUGAAUCCUUCGUCAAAUCAAAUUAGCAA